GUCAACCACCUUCGGUCCCAGGCGAAUCCCCUAGCCCAUCAAGCUUUCGGUGCUCGGUUUCCGCAGCAUGGUCCGCAGCAGGUUGCGGGUGGCCACCAGCAGCAUCGUCCUCAAGGUUAUAAUCAGCGCGGGCGUGGCGGUCGGGCAUGGGGAGGCAGAGGUCGUGGAGCUCGUGGACGCGGCCGUGGACAGCAACCGCCGCCCUAUGGUCAGCCAGUGAUUUGGUAUCCUCACUACGGUCCACUGCCGAUGGCUGCAGCUGCCAGAAGUGGUUUGGCGGCAGGGGGUGGUUCCUCAGCUGGGCCACAUAUGGGCUCUUCCUCAGAUGGGGGUAUUCUUGGGGCAGUUCCCCAUCCCGUUUUCUGUCAAAUUUGUUUCUCUACAGGUCAUUCCGCU